ACAGGACUAUAAUCCCAUGGCGUGUAUUCCGACAGACAUUACACCAAAUCCAUCCAAUUAGCUCUGGUUUAGAGGCGAUGGCACUCAAAUCGACCAUUGAUUUGACGUGUAAUGACUACAUCUCUAACUUUGAAUUCGAUGUCUUCACGCGGUUAUUCCAGCCCUGGUCUACGCUACUGAGGAAUUGGCAAAUACUUGCGGUCACACAUCCGGGUUAUGUCGCUUUCCUUACCUAUGAUGAAGUGAAAGCGCGACUACAAAAGUAUAUUAACAAACCGGGAAGUUACGUGUUUCGGUUGAGUUGCACCCGUUUGGGUCAAUGGGCUAUCGGUUACGUCACACCCGACGGCAAUAUCUUACAAACCAUUCCACAGAACAAGUCUUUAUGUCAGGCACUCCUCGACGGCUACAGAGAAGGAUUCUAUUUAUAUCCUGACGGCCGUAAUGUAAACCCAGACCUGACGUGGGCUGUGAUGGCGACGCCUGAGGAUCACAUCCGCGUAACGCAAGAACAGUACGAGUUGUACUGCGAGAUGGGGUCGACGUUUCAAUUGUGCAAAAUAUGCGCCGAAAACGAUAAGGACAUACGCAUCGAGCCGUGCGGUCACCUACUUUGCACGCCGUGUCUCACCUCAUGGCAGGAUUCUGAAGGUCAGGGCUGUCCGUUCUGUAGAGCAGAAAUCAAAGGCACCGAACAGGUAGUGGUCGACCCGUUUGACCCGAUGGGUCGGCACACCAUACGCGCCAUCGAUGAGGUCAACAAUACCAGCAAUUUAUUAGAUUUAGACGAAGACGACAAUUGCUUUGAGGAUCCCAACACGUGGACGUCAUCACUGCAGGCGCUGGCACUCAAUCCAAGAAUCUCUGAUCACAACCGAUCAGUGUCUCCGCAAUGUUCGCCGCAAUCCAUACGCAAGCAAACGGCAGCCCUUCAGAGCAAACUGACGGCGCCGUUGAUACCGAUGAUACCGGCGCCGCCGAUACCGCCCAGACGCCAGUCGCCCACCCAAACACCCCAGCAGUCGCCCGGUGUGUCCCCAAAGCACCACCACUUGACCAACAAAUUGAAAAUCAAUAAAACACUGAUUCCGCUGAAAGUGACGGCCUCUGAGAAAGCCGUGGACAACAACCACCACAAGUCGGCCCCCAAUCACACCAACGACGUCAAGAUUACCAGAACUAUCGGCGACCACAAGAUUGUCACCACAACCACAUCCACGACACACGAUAGAAGUACAAAACUCAAGUGCCAACUGAGCGCACAGACCCUGAGCCCCCAGUUCGGCACGUGGCCGGGCGCUAUCAAUUCGGUCGUUCCCCUCAACCAGCCCGGGGGUGGCGGCGGUGCCGGUGGGGUCACACUGUCGGCCUCCACAUCGCCCACCAAUAUAAAGAUUACGUCGCCUCUGAUUCCACGACACCCGCCGCCGCCGCCCACACAGAGGCCCCAGAAGUCGGUGCCCAACACAGGCGGCGUCAGUGCCCACCCGCACCCGACUCAGGCCAACCAUUUGAGUACAAAUAACACGACUGUCGUUGCCUUCAGUUCUAUUGAAUUCAAUGAAUUGAUUGAAGAACACAGUUAUGCCAACACUGACCUCAACGUCUCUCGACGUAAUGAAUUAGAACCGAUUCAAAGCUCAUCCCUGUCGACGACUAGCUCCACCUCAUCCUCGCCAUCAUCGAUAUCAUCCAAAUCCGAUCAAAACUCAUCCCUGUCGACGACUAGCUCCACCUCAUCCUCGCCAUCAUCGAUAUCAUCCAAAUCCGAUCAAAAGAAUCAUUCGCCGAUCCUAUCGCUGGGAACGAGUCUACUGGAGAACAAGGAGAACGAUGGGGUGUCGUAUGUGAACCUACACAUGGACUACAUCUCGCAACUCAUUUCGGAGGGCUAUUGCCAGGAGUCGGUGAUCCGGGCGCUCGGCAUCGCCAAGAAUGACCUCCAAAUGGCCAGAGAUAUACUCCACGAGUUUGUCUCCAAAGGCAAUCUCACCACCAAUUGAUGAGACAAUUUCACGCAUCCGAUGAACAACUUAUAGAAAGUGUUUUAAUAUAAUAAUAAGUCUUAUUAUUAUCAAUGUUUUAAUGAAUGAAUAUUUAUAUUGGAAACCGAUAUUUUGCUAAACGAUUACGUAUAAUGUAUAUUAACUUUGAACAUCACAAACGC